AUGGCGUCGUUGAACCUUUCCAUCAAUGGGCCGUCGAUAAAGAGCAGCUACGCCGGCGUCGUCAACGGCCAGCCUCCAGCAUCUGGCUCGCCCACGUACGCUCAAUGGGCGCUCUUCUCCGUUCAGGCACCGCUCGUCAGCGCUUUCCAAGAUAGCGCCGCCAAGGAGAGUAUCCUCAAGGUCGAGAGCACAGGCGACGGCGAGCUGGCCGACUUGAUCGAGGAUUUCAACGAGGGCCGCAUCCAAUUCGCCUUCGUCAAGGUCAAGGACCCCAACACGGCUCUUCCUAAGAAUGUCCUCAUCGCCUGGUGCGGUGGUGGCGUCCCGGAGCGCACCAAGGGCUACUUCACCAGCCACACGGCCGCCGUAGCCAAGGUUCUCCACGGAUACCACGUCCAGAUCACUGCGCGUUCCGACAGUGACCUCGAGCCCGAAUCGAUCAUGAAAAAGGUUUCCGAUGCUUCCGGCGCGAAGUACUCGGCUGGAAGUUCCGGUGGUGCUUCAUCCUCUGCCCCGCCCCCAGUUAAGUCUAAGCCUGUCUUCACCCCUACGGCAUCCAGCUCUGGUCGCGCUGCCAACCCUCUUGUUGCGGCCCGAUCGAGGAGAGAUGAGAACGUCGACGAGGAAGGUUGGGGCGCUGAUGCGCCCCCGGUGACGAGGACUCAGAUUGAAAAGGUCGAGUCGGCUUACAAGCCGACCAAGGUCAACAUGGCUGAGCUCACCAAACAGAAGCAGGAGCCUUCGCGCGUUAUUGGUAGCCGCCAGGCUGAAGAGGCUGCCGAUGUCGUCAAGGGAGGCUACCAACCAAUCGGAAAGGUUGAUAUCGCUGCCAUUCGUGCGGCCGCCAAGAACAAGGAGGAUGACCGGCCGACCCCCGUCAAGGGUUCAUAUGAGCCCGUUGGCAAGGUUGAUAUCGCUGCUAUUCGUGCAAAGGCCCAGAAGCCUGCAGAUGAGCCUGCGGACGAUGCUCCUGCGCCCAAGCCAGUCUCGGACCGGGCCGCCGUCUUCUCUCAGCCUAGCCAGUCGGAGCGCAUCACGUCGCUGCCCAAGCCCAAGGUUGCUAACAAGUUUGGUGGAGCGUCGAGCUUCACCGGAACCAAGGCGCCGACACCUGGUGGUCUCGGAUUUGGGGGCGGCGCGGCUCCCGCACCCGCGCCUGUCACCUCCACUAGUCGGACUUUUGCAGACCAGGGAGGCAAGACGCCAGCUCAAUUAUGGGCGGAGAAGAAGGCAAAAGAAAGGGGUGGUGAUGUUGGGAGCGCCGCCACGCCCGGCGCCACGGCGCCGAUCGUGUCGCAGACGAGUGGUGGCAACGAGUGGAAGAGCGGCUACACUGGCAAGUCCUGGGCACCUGUGCAGGCUCCUGGCUACAGCCGCGGUGGGGCGGACAAUGUGAGCGAGCACAACAUCGGCGAGGCUACGAGAGGCGCCGAGGAGGAGCCCGCUGCCACGCCCAUCUCCGCCCUGCGAGACCGAUUCAAGGACACGGCCCCGAUCGGCGCCCCUGCGAUCCCGCCUGUUGCGAAGACUGCGGAGGAAGAGUACGAGCCGGAGCAGGAGCGCGAAGCCACGCCGCCUCCGCCCCCGCCCGCCAGUUCGAGGCCUUCGGGCGGGUUUGCUCUGCCUGGGUUGCCCAACCGACCACCACCUCCCGCCGAGGAGGAGGAAGAGGAGGAGGAGGACUUCCGGCCCGACGAGCGAGAACACUCACCCAUUCGCGUGGCUGCCCCCGUGGGCCGUGGUGCUGAUACUGAGCCGGAACCUGAGGCUCGUCCUGCGCCACCUCCCGUACGCCCUAGCGAGAUCGAUGUCCCCAAGGAAGAGGAGCUGCCAGAGCAGGAGGAAUCGUCUCACCUUGCCCGGGGAGCAGCUGGCAUUGUGGCUCAGGAGACGUUCCAGCCAGAGCAUGGCACGGUUGAGCAGGCUGAGCAGGGCGGCAAGCGUGCCGUGAUCCAGUACGACUACGAAAAGGGCGAGGACAACGAGAUCGACCUGGUCGAGGGCGAGUACGUCACCAACAUUGACAUGGUGGAUGAGGACUGGUGGAUGGGCACCAACUCCAGGGGCGAGAGCGGUCUGUUCCCCAGCAACUACGUCGAGCUCGUCGAGGAUGACUCCCACGAAGCUGCCGCACCCGCGCCCCCUCCCGCACCGGUCGCGGCGCAGGCGCCGGUCCCGGCAGCACCGGAGCCCGAACCGGCGGCUGGAGCCGGUCCUACGGCCACGGCCCUCUACGACUAUGAGGCGGCCGAGGACAAUGAACUGAGCUUCCCCGAGGACGCCAAGAUCACGAACCUCGAGUUCCCCGAUGAGGACUGGUGGUUUGGCCACUUCAAUGGGCAGUCGGGCUUGUUCCCGGCCAACUACGUGCAGCUGGACUCGUAA